AUGUGUUGGUAGGUACACAACAAUGGAAGAAGAGAAUCAAGACGGCCCUUUUGCAGUUUGGCAAAUGUUUAAUGCUCCUACGAUGGUUUUAUUUAAUAAUCUAGAAGAUGCCGAGGAUGGUUUGGAUAGAUUACUCACUUCGAUUUUAAAACUUUCUGGGGAUUAUUCUGAGGUAUUAGUUCCAAGAAUUGGUUGCUCUAAAUGCCCAGACUCGUUUUAUUUUGCCUUCAAUACCUGGUUACUUGGAAGAUUGUUUUAUGUUUGUUCAGUUAAGGAAUUGCAAAGAAUACACACAAACAGCAAAGACGCUCAGCUAAAAAUACUCCAAAUAUUGUGUAUGAAUGGAGCAUCAUUCUAUGACAACUUGCAUCAAGAAUAUUAUUCAAUUUUAAAGAACCUUGUGAAAUAUUAUCAAGAAUAUGAGAAGGAUGUGAAAACUCAAGUAUUGUUAAAGAAUUUUACACCUGUUAAUGUGAAAAUUACACAAGUACAACUCAACUUGGAACCAAUAUAUGUGUGUGUUAAAGAUUUAUCUAUGUGUAGACAUUUGAUUGAUAUGGUAUUGCAAUUGUUAUCUGAAAGUAUUGCACCAAAUUUAUUAUAUUUGCAUAAAAAUAAAUCGGAGACAUUGGAUAUGUUCAAACAAGUUAUAAGUAUAUUAGAAAGCUAUAGUGCAGACUUAAAAUUAAUUUGCAUACAAUUUUUCAUUACUUUAUUUUCCAAAAUAAAAGAUGUGUCAAUUGUUGUCUUUCACAAAGAGUUCCAGGAAAUUCAGAGUCAAUUUUUACAUUUAUUAGAAGCAUUUGUUCAAAGCAUAAAUAUUUUGUAUAAGAAAGCUGAAAUUGAUGAUUUGUAUCUAACAAAGUUUAAUACUCAAAUAUUAUUAUUAAUAAAGACAAUAAAGAAUGAGGAAGGUUCAGACCAUGAAGAGCUUUUACAAAACAUAUGUGAAAUAAUUCUAGACAAAACUAGCAGUAAAUAUUUUUCAAUGGAUGUCAAAAUGUUAUGUUUGUCUUUGAGUAAAAAAUUUAAAUAUUCAAAGGAUAUACUGGAAUUAAAAAACAGAGAUGCUCAGGAAAUUGGUGAAUUGUCAGAAUAUUAUUGCAAAGAAAUACUAACACAUAUUUCAAUUGAAGAUUUAGUUAUGAAAACAGUUAAAAAGAGUAUUGCAGAAAACUGGUACUACAAUCAAAUUAUAAGUGUAGUGAAUUCUAUCAAAUCUUGUGAAGAUGUUAUGGAUGUUUUUCUAAUAACUCAUCAUUUCCAAAGAUGUCGAGCUGCCUUAAUUGUACUACAAUGUACAAAUAUUGAAUAUAGGAAAGAAAAAUCUGAUGCUCAGUGCAUUGAAUUGUUAGAUAAACCAAAUGCUAAAUGUAUUUUGAUAACAUUACAAAAAUUAAUCAAAUUACACCUGAGAUUAGUUUUAAAUGAUAUGAAUGUUAUUCAAUUAAUAAUGGACAUCACUAUGAACACAAUUCUCUUGACCGAGUCAUUUAUAAAGGAAGAUAUGAAUAUAAUUCUACAAAUAUUAUGUUUGCAGACUAAUGUACAAUUCUCAGCCCACAAUUUAUCUUUUAACGAUAAUGUUAAAGCUGUGAUACUGAAAUAUUUAUUAAUACAUAAAAUUUAUUUGAAGAGCACAGUAAAUGAAACAUGGAAUAAUAUAACAAAUACUCUAUUCAGUUCAUUACUUAUGAACAAGUCUCUAUAUGUGACAAUCAUAGAACUAUCACCUCUGAUACUAGCAACUAAAAUGAUCUCAACAAGUAAAUUAAUUGGGGAUAUUCUAAUGCCUGCGUUCCUCACAAAAGAUGUAGAAAUUCAAAGAGCUAUAACUGAUAUUUUGCCAGCUAUUGUUUGCAUGUCUUUAUCAAGUAACUGUAUUAUUGUGAACAAUGCUAAUUUUGGACACCAAAUUAUUUUAAGUGAUCAGAUUAACAUUAGCCUCAUAUGCUAUCAAUGUCAUUGUAAGAAAAUAAACUAUGAAAAUAGUGAAGGAUUUUUAAAAUCAAUUAGAAAUAAAUAUAUAGAAUUUUAUUCAGAAAGCAAUUCAAAUGCUAUGAAUAACAAAUCCAUGAUAAAUGGCCUGAAGAGUUUGUUUGGAAAGUUUCUCAACUAUCAGCAAUAUUCAGAUUUAGAUGUAUCAAAAUACUGGAACCUUGUUGGUCAAAUGAGUAAUCAUUUCUUUGUUUUUGACUAUGGAGUCUCUAAGAAUGUGAUUACUGAACAAAACAGCAAAUAUGUAUUAAAAGCUGUGAAACCGUUUAUUGAAAACUCAGAUGAGAAUGAAGACUCUACUGUCACAGCCACUAAAGAAACUGUAUUUGAUAUGUGUAUAAACUUACUCUUGAAAUCUACACAACAAUGUUUGGAAAAUAAUGAUUUCAAUCAACAGACCCAAACUUUAGACUGCAUUAAAGAUUUUGGCAUGAUUCAGAAUAACAAAGUUAUACUCCCUGUAACAAAACUUCUAGUUUAUUUUAUUAUGCAUCCUCAAUGUUCUCUUGCCCCAAAAGCCGUAGUUUAUCUUCGAGAUGUUUGUGAAUGUCAAGGGCUAACUCCCAAUCAAGCUUACCAUCGAUACAAAAAGGAUUACUGUCGACUUUUCGUUGCUUGUAGUCUUAACAAUGGCAAAGAUUUUGCAAUUGCUCUCUUAAAAGUUGUCAGAGCCUUCGGAUUUGUUGGAUAUAGAGAUUUUAUUUCGAAGGAUGUUCAUCAUUUCUUACCUUAUUUGAUGCCCUAUUGUGUAACCGUUAAAGAAGUUCCACUUAUGAUAGAGGAAAUUGCAUCAUUGGUCCAGUGUUCGGUAUCUGACUUCCUUGCAGAGAGAUUCCCGCAUAUUUAUGUGCAUGUUUAUUUAACGGAGAAUAACGACGUGUCUAGAAAAUGCUACGAUAUUAUAGAGAAAUUGACGAAAACAUCAAUAUUAAAUUUGAUCAAACGUCAUUUCAGAGUGAUCCUUACAGAAUUUCUUUUACAAUAUUGUUGCAGCCCAGAGAAAGUUUUAAAUGCGUGCAGAUACUUAGCUUGUCACGAUCCUGAUGUUUCUUCUUCACAAGGAAGUAUGAGUAUGAGUACAAGUCAAAUAGCAGACUUCUUGAAUCCCAAAUUUCUUGGAGUCCUAGCCUACUUCGAUCAUAAAUUGGUUAAUACGAAAGUAGCACUGUCUGUUAAACGUAAAGCUUUAAAAAGUUUCCCAGAUAUGAUGCAGUUGAUGGGUGUGAAAUAUUUAACACCUCUUCGUUUUAAAGUAUUGGCCACAUUGAGAUCUGCUUUACCCCUUGCUAAGGAAUUUCCGAAAAUCCUUGCGGAAGCCUGGAGUGCCUUUAUACAUAAUAUUGAUAAUAUAUCUCUAGGCCCAUUAUUGCCUAAUCUAGCCGUUUCGUUACUUCAACAAGUCCAAUAUGCACCGCAAGAAAUAAAUAAAAUAUUUUAUUACCUUGUGCUAAAUAACGAAAACUUGUUGAGUUCCCACAUAUCCGAAUUAUUUUUCGUUGAAAAUUCAAAAAUAUCAGAAAAGGUUAAAAUGGUAAUAAAGAGACAUGUAAAGCGAACUCAGCCUGAUGCUUUUUUGGACAAAAUCCGAUGGUACUUACAGCAUCUGAACCAAGAUAUUCCAAUAAUAAAGGCAUAUUCAUUUUCUCAAUUGGAUAAGUUGUUAAAAGCAAAUAGAUCUGAGUUGCACAAGGCAAUUUUUGGUGGUAAAAACAUCGAUCCCGUAAUAGUAGAACUGAUUGAUUGUCUGCUAAUUGGUUGCAAAGACUCGAACAUAGAAGUGAGUUCAUCAAGUGGGGCGUGUUUGGGCCAACUCGGUGCGAUAGAAGCAGGCCAUCUUCCGAGGCAAUAUGUCCAACCGGAUAGAUCGCCGUUUGCGUUCUCUAUCAGCGAUAACUGCUUCGCUGCAACUGCUCUUAUGGAACUAACUAGAGCUUUCCAGUAUGAGAAGGAUACUAUGAAUAUGGACUGCUAUGCAUUAACUAUUCAAGAGAUUUUGAAAAUAUACGACAUUUCACCGACUGGAACAAAGAAAGAAGUAUGGAAUAGUUUUCCUGAAAAUAUGCAUCAGAUAAUGUAUCCUUUGCUGAGUUCAAGAUAUACAUUGGCCUAUCCGUCACAACCGAAGAAAUCGCAUCCACUGUUUGGAUCCGUUUAUGCAACAACAUUUUUGGAAUGGGCUCAUAAUUGGGCUGGUCAAUUGAUUCCUCUCAUAGAAUCCGACAGUAUCCGAGAAUUGCUAAGAACAGUUCAUCCAAGCAUGCGUCGUGACGUCAGAACAUUAUUUUUGUUCCUACCCUACGUUUUGUUACACGCUGUCAUGUCGAAGAACAACGUGCAAUACAUACAGGAGGAGAUGUUGGCUGUUAUUGAUACAAGUGUAGAUAACUAUGAAAAUGAUGUGGCAGUUAUUAGUGAAAGAUCAAAAUAUAAAAUGUUAAGACACAUCAGAAUGACACCUAAUAUUAGUUCUAUACAGACUGAAGAAGGAAAUCAGAGUAAAUGUAGCAAGACCGUGUAUACCUUAUUAGACUUUUUAAACAGAUGGCUCUUGGAAUGGAUGCAUUCUAAGCAAAGACCUCUAGAGAAUGAAAACUACAAGGCGAUAUUAAAGUUUACACAAAAGUUCGAUAAACUAGCGAUAGCCAGAGGAAACUUUGCAUGUGGUGAUUUGGAGAGAGCUCUACAAUACCUUGAGCUGUAUAUGGACGAAGACAAAGCAAGGGUUCAAGGUCAAUUGCCUUUCUUGGCCGAAAUAUAUGCACUGCUUGAUGAACCGGAUUCGGUUGCUGGUAUUUUAUCAAUAAAACGGUCUGAGCCAUCUCUAAAAGAACUAAUUCUUACCCAAGUUGUGACUGGACGAUUACAGGACGCAGCGUUGUGUUACGAACGGUUAGCGCAAGAAGGUCAAUUGGAUAAACAUAGCUUGCAGGGUAUGAUAGACUGUUAUCUAGGUUUGGACCAACCGUUCACGGCGUAUCGUUUAUUAAGUGAACAGGAAAUAGAUGAUACUAUGAAGGAAUUGUCCGCUGAGCCACUGUGGAGAUUGGGUCGGUUUGAACAACUUGAUGAAUUGGUUAAUAAGCCGGUUCCCCCAUCUCGAGAAAACUGGGGUCUCCUAAUGGGUAGAAUAUUACUAGCAUACCGAAAGCAAGAUCACGAUAUCUUCAAAGAAUCAUGUUCAGACGCUAUGAAUCGACUUCUGCAACAAAUGGACGGAGAGACUCGUGGUGAGAGUGCGUUGCGAAGUGGGUACCAGAGUGUAUUGGGUUUGCAUAUUAUAUCGGAGGCUGGACAUGCUGAGGAAACUUUAAGAAAGCUCAAAUCCUUGCAUGAUGGUGAUCGUCAAAGUGAAGAAAUUAUCAGUCAAUUGCUAAGUGAAUGGCGACAAAGGCUCUCAGUGGUUCAAUCUGAUGUUAGAACUGUAGAACCGUUACUGCGGCUUAGGCGAAUAUUGUUGCAACAGACACAGGAAUUAUUAGAGCCAACGCAUCCUUCAACGAGCAGUAAAUUGCGAUCGUGCAUCGGCGAUCUAUGGUUACAAAGUGCGAAACAAGCCAGAAAAGCGGGUAUUUUCCAACAGUCGUACAUGUACAUAUUAAACGCGGAAGAAUAUCAACCAGAGCAGUUAUUUAUAGAAAAAGCGAAAAUGUACUGGGCUCGAGGGCAACAGGAACAUGCCUUUACUACACUUAGAAGGGGAUUGGAUGAUGCAUAUCCACAAUUGGAAACUCUUAACCAAGAACAGAGAAAAAUAUGUGCAAAAGCAAAAUUAUUAAUCGCCAAAUAUAAUGAUGAAACAACUAAUGUGGAUGUCGACGUCAAUAUCGGUUAUUACAAAGAAGCAGUUGAUGUUUUUAAACAAUGGGAGAAAAGUUUGGUAUGUCUAGGUUCUUAUUACGAGAAAGUAAGUAGUGGGGAGGUAGCCAGCGAUAGUGGCGCUAUGUGGACCCGACGUAUAUACGCGCUCAAUAGCUAUGGGAAAGCGUUACAGUAUGGACAUAAGUACUUAUACCAGAGCAUGCCGAGGAUGUUGUCUAUAUGGUUAGAUGUAGAAGUGUCAUCCUCAGAUACGAGCAUACAUUCCGUACUUGCGCAAAUGACAGAAAUUAUAAAGACUUACUCAGAAAGGCUACCAAUUUACCUAUAUUUGACUGCUUUCUCGCAAAUUGUGUCCAGGAUUUGUCAUCCGGUGAAAGAAGUCUAUCUUCAACUAAAAGCUAUAAUAGUAAAAUUGAUAAUGGCCUACCCUCAACACACGUUAUGGAUGAUGAUGUGCGUCAUUAAAUCCAGUUAUCCGCAACGAAUAAAGCGGUGUGCUGACGUAUUCGCGGAUCCCAGGCUAAAGGAACCACACAUGUUGAAAUUGGUGUGUGACUUCACGCAAUUGGCUGAAAAACUGAUUGAGCUCUGUAACAAACCUAUUGCUGGGUCUGGUUCUACAACAACAGUAUCUUCACUAGUCCGAACUCUACCCCGUCUCCUAGCAACGGAGAACUUCAGUCACAUCAUGAUGCCGUUCCAGGAGUUCUGUAAGAUAGUUCUGCCCUCUAAAGCGGCGAGACAAGAGCGUAUAGACUUCAACAUACCGACAGACCCGCCCGUGUAUAUAGCGGGGAUAGAGGAACAAAUACAGAUAUUACCGUCUUUGCAGAAACCUAGGAAGGUUACUUUGAAAGGUUCCGACGGCAAAUCCUACAUAAUAAUGCUAAAACCGCGCGACGAUUUGAGAAAAGACUUCCGUCUAAUGGAAUUUAAUGCAGUCGUCAAUAGAUUUCUACAAGAUGCGCCAGAGACCCGUCGUCGUAGACUUUACAUACGCACGUAUAGCGUGUUACCGUUGAAUGAAGAAUGUGGUCUUAUAGAAUGGGUGCCUAAUCUUGUUGGUUUGAGACCUGUUUUGAUGCAUAUUUACAAACAAAAAGGUAUACAUACAAGUAAUCGCGAGUUAAAAGAAAUGAUGUGCCUCAACAAAGAUCCCGUGGAGAAGAAGCGUCGUAUCUACGAGCAACAGUUGCUGCCAAGACAUCCACCGGUUUUCCAAGAGUGGUUCCGAAGAGUGUUCUCUGAUCCUUAUGGAUGGUACCAGGCACGUUCUGCUUAUAUAAGGACAACAGCAGUGAUGUCAAUGGUUGGAUACAUUUUAGGUCUCGGCGACAGACACGGCGAGAACAUAUCGUUCGAUUCCACCAACGGUGACACAGUGCACGUGGACUUCAACUGCCUGUUCAACAAGGGCGAGGCGUUCGAGUGGCCCGAGCGGGUGCCGUUCCGGCUCACGCACAACAUGGCCGCCGCUAUGGGGCCGCUCACGCACGAGGGCAUGUUCCGGAAAAGCUGCGAAGCGGUGAUGCGUGCACUGCGCGCGCAGACCGCAGCCCUGAUGUCGGUGGUGGGCCCGUUCGUGUACGACCCGCUGGUGUCGUGGGGCCGCGGCCGCAGCGCGCUGGACUGCGGCGAGCGCACCAACGAGCAGGCGCUGCACCACCUGCUGCAGAUACGGCACCGGCUCAACGGGAUGGUGAAAACGAAAAACAAACAGCUGUCACUUUCGCUCUCACCGGAAGGUCAAGUGGAGCAUCUCAUUGUGGAAGCGACGAGUGUACAUAAUCUAUGCCAGAUGUAUAUUGGAUGGGGGCCGUUCUUGUAGACUGUAAAUGUACUAUGUGAUCUUAGGUUUAAUAAAGAUUUAAUAAUUAUAUUUAAUAAAGAGAUUCUGUAAUCUCUUUUGUUAAUGCUUUAAUGUGAUCUUAGAUUUAAGUAAUAAAGAUU